AAAGACCGGACUGACUGGUGCUGGCGCUAGUUAGUCUCUCGGUAGUUUCGCAGGCACCAUCCACCAGCAACCUCUCCUCUUGUCUCUCCGCUCUUUAGUUUAGUUCUGUACAGUUCUGUACUCCUCUACUGCCCACACUAGUGCUAGUGAUACACAAGUAAAGCAAGCAACCACCAGCAAGUUGACGCACGGGGCACGGGCAUCGGGCAAUAUCUCAUCCAAAAGCAAUAUGGCGAAGUGUGUCACGAGCACGGUUAGACGUCGUAGUGCUGCUCUUUGAACAACAAUUAAUCGUUGUUAAUAUAAAUAAUUAAAAGUAUCGAAAACCGUAAAAAUAAGAUGAAAAGCUGAGAUAUUAAUAUCAAUACAUAUAUUUUAUUGAUAUUGUGAACGUAUUGUGUGAAUCAUGGCUACGGAUAAAAUAAAGGUUGCCGUACGAGUUAGGCCAUUCAAUCGUCGAGAAUUGGAGCUCGGUACACAAUGUGUCGUCGAAAUGACCGGGCAGCAAACUAUUCUACAACAUCCUACGAGUAUGGAUAAGAUUGAAAGAAACAAGCCCAAGACGUUUGCUUUCGACCAUUGCUUCUUUUCGUUGGAUCCCGGCGGGGAAAAUUUCGCGAGCCAAAACGUCGUAUUCGAUGCUUUAGGACGUGAUAUUUUGGACAAUGCAUUCCAGGGUUACAAUGCCUGCAUUUUUGCUUAUGGACAAACCGGUUCUGGGAAGUCUUACACGAUGAUGGGCAGUGGCGACAACAAAGGUAUAAUCCCGCGACUGUGUGACAACCUCUUUGACAUGAUUGCGAAGCAACAAAGCUCGGAAUUAACUUACAAGGUCGAGGUCUCGUAUAUGGAAAUUUAUAAUGAAAAGGUACACGAUCUCCUGGAUCCAAAGCCCAACAAACAAUCCCUCAAAGUCAGGGAGCACAAUGUUUUAGGACCUUACGUUGAUGGAUUAAGUCAACUCGCUGUCACUUCUUACCAGGAUAUCGACAACUUAAUGACAGAGGGAAAUAAAUCUCGGACAGUGGCUGCUACAAAUAUGAAUUCCGAGAGCUCACGUUCGCAUGCUGUGUUUUCAGUAAUUCUCACGCAAACAUUGACCGACAUGCGGAGUGGAGUAAGCGGUGAGAAAGUGUCACGUAUGAGUUUGGUCGAUUUAGCUGGAAGCGAGAGAGCCGUUAAAACUGGAGCCGUAGGUGAUAGACUGAAAGAAGGGAGCAACAUCAACAAAUCGUUAACGACGUUGGGUCUAGUCAUCUCAAAACUAGCAGAUCAAAAUUCAGGGGGUAAAAAUCGUGAUAAAUUUGUGCCGUACCGUGACUCUGUACUAACAUGGCUGCUGAAGGAUAAUUUGGGCGGUAAUAGUAAAACCGUAAUGGUUGCCACAAUUUCACCCGCGGCGGAUAAUUAUGAGGAAACAUUAUCAACGCUGCGGUACGCCGAUCGCGCAAAGAGAAUAGUUAAUCACGCGGUUGUUAAUGAAGACCCCAAUGCAAGAAUUAUUCGAGAGCUUCGCCAGGAGGUUGAGGCGCUCAAGGAGAUGUUGUUACACGCGACUGGUCAAGGGUUGGCUGUUGGUCAGAGACGCACUGAUAUUACUGAAAAAAUAUCUGAAUCUGAGAAACUCAUGAAGGAAAUGUCGGUCACGUGGGAGGAGAAAUUAGUCAAGACUGAACGAUUGCAGCACGAGCGACAGCACGCGCUCGAGAAGAUGGGGAUCAGUGUCCAGGCCUCGGGGAUUCAAGUCGAGAAGAAUAAAUUUUAUUUAGUUAAUUUAAACGAUGAUCCCAGUCUCAAUGAGCUUUUAGUUUAUUAUUUAAAGGAAAGGACUCUCGUCGGCGGUAGAUCUGCGACGACCGAGCAGGAUAUUCAGUUACACGGACUGGGUAUUUUGCCAGAGCACUGUGUAAUAACAAUUGAAGACUCGGCUCUCUACAUGACACCUUUAAACGGAGCCAGGUGUUUUGUUAACGGCAGUCAAGUCGUUGAAAAAACUCCAUUAUUGCACGGCGAUAGAAUAGUGUGGGGUAAUCACCAUUUCUUCCGAGUAAAUUGCCCCCGCAGCGCUACCGCUAUCAGCAGCGAACCCCAGACCCCGGCUCAAAAUAUCGACUACAACUUUGCGAAAGAGGAACUGAUGUUAAAUGAACUCUCAAACGACCCCAUCCAGCAGGCUAUUGCACGCCUGGAAAGGCAGCAUGAGGAAGAUAAACAGGUCGCUCUCGAGAAGCAGCGUCUGGAGUACGAACGUCAAUUUCAGCAGCUGCGCAACAUAUUAUCCCCGUCUACUCCCUACUCUCCUUAUGUACCUUAUGACCCACUGCGCGGAAGUCACAGUGGUAAAUUACCAGCCUGUACACCAACAACCCAAAUGAGAGUUGAAAAGUGGGCCCAAGAGCGGGAUGAAAUGUUCAAGCGCAGUCUUGGACAAUUGAAAACAGAUAUACUCAAAGCGAAUUCAUUAGUUCAAGAAGCUAAUUUCCUAGCUGAGGAAAUGGAUAAGCAAACCAAGUUCAGUGUUACCUUACAGAUACCUCCGUAUAAUUUAAGUCCUAACCGAAAGAGUGUAUUCUUUCAGCGAGGAGCAUUUGUCAGUGAACCGGCAAUCCUAGUAAAGCGAGCAAAUAUGGGCAGCCAAGUAUGGACAAUGGAGAAACUUGAAAACAAAUUAAUCGACAUGCGGGACAUGUACGAAGAGAAGAAAUACAACAACAAUAGUUUGCCGCGAUUACCCGCAGUUAAAGACGAAGUACCCGGGAAAACCCAGGACCCGUUUUACGAGUCACAAGAAAACCACAAUCUCAUUGGAGUGGCUAAUAUAUUUCUGGAGGUUCUGUUCCACGAUGUAAGACUGGACUAUCACACGCCGAUAAUCAGCCAACAGGGCGAAGUCGCUGGCCGGCUCCAGGUUGAGAUAAGUCGCGUGAGUGGACAAUUUCCUCAGGACAGAAUAUGUGAGGCAGCUUCCGAAACUUCUGGCUCGGAUUCGGGUUCCUCUGAGCACGAGGACGACACGGGAACCAGCCAGAUAACUUGUCGCGUUACGAUAAAGCAAGCCAGUGGAUUACCGCUCUCGCUGAGUCACUUUGUCUUCUGCCAGUACACAUUCUGGGGCCACCCUGAGCCGAUCGUGGUGCCGCCGGUGGUCAACAGCGACUUGCCGGUCAGCAAUAUCAACACUGCGAAUAACAACAGCACAAAUCAACGGGACUCGCUGACCUUUCAGUUCAAUCACACAAAAGACUUGACUGUUCCUGUCACCGAAGAGUUCAUGGAACACUGUUCUGAAGGCGCGCUCAGCAUCGAAGUCUGGGGGCACAGAAGCGCUGGUUUUUCGCGCAGUAAACCUGGAUGGGAAGUUGAACAGCAGCUGGCUAAAGCGCGAUCCCUCGCUGACCGCUGGUCGGAACUGACGAGGAAGAUUCAAUUGUGGGUCGAAAUUCAAGAGCUCAAUGAACAAGGAGAAUAUUCUCCGGUUGAAGUUGUUAUUAAACCUGACGCUAUGACUGGCGGAGUUUAUCAGCUAAGACAAGGACAGCAGCGUAGGAUACAGGUGCGAGUGAAACCUGUUCAAAAUUCCGGCACUUUGCCAAUAAUCUGUCAAUCAGUGCUGGACAUCGCAGUGGGUAGUGUAUCAGUCCGCAACCGGUACCAAAACCCUUUGGACAGUUAUCAAGACGAGGAUUUGAGUGUCUUGAGAGAAAAAUGGAGCGACGCUUUAAUGAGGCGACGGCAGUACCUAGACCAGCACAUUCAGAAGCUGAUAAACAAGAAAAACAAAACCGAGCAAGACGUAGAGCGCGAGCAGAGUUUAGUUGACCAGUGGGUGAGUCUGACUGAAGAAAGGAACGCCGUGCUAGUCCCGGCCGCGGGUUCUGGGAUUCCCGGAGCACCCGCUGACUGGAAUCCCCCGCCUGGAAUGGAGCCACACAUUCCCGUACUAUUUCUUGAUCUCAACGCCGACGAUUUGUCGACACACCAAUCUGGCGAGGAAGUAUCCAUUACCGGAUUGAAUUCCAUUAUUUCUAAGGAGCAUGGCAAUAAAUUUUUUACCCUCCCGAUAAUUCGGCACUUGGAGAAAGACGUCUGUGCUAUCGCCGCCUGGGACUCUAGUAUACACGACGAUUUGCAUUUAAAUCGCGCUACUGAUACCAACGAGCGGGUGUUUUUAAUCCUCAAGACAACCGUCCGCUUAUCGCACCCCGCGCAGAUGGAUCUUGUACUGAGAAAAAGACUUGCGCUCAAUAUCUACAAAAAACAGAGCCUUGCUGAUAAAUUGUUCAAGAGAAUUGUUCGUACUGAUUGUCUUACUCAGACUGGAGUCACUUAUGAAGUCGUUUCUAAUAUACCAAAGGCUAGUGAAGAGCUCGAGGAUCGCGAAAGCUUGGCCCAGAUCGCUGCCAGUGGAGAAGACAGUGGCUUGUGUGAUGGCGAAACUUACAUAGAAAAAUAUACAAGAGGUGUUUCGGCAGUCGAAAGUAUCUUGACGCUAGAUCGAUUGAGACAAAACGUCGCAGUGAAAGAAUUACUCCAAGCACAGGGACAACCAUUGAUGCGCAAGACAGCCAGCGUACCAAACUUCUCGCAGGUACUUCUGCCUCUUCAACGUCUUGCUUGCACUAUCAUGAGAUUCGAUACCUCGAUGGAAGCGCUGAGCGUUACACGCUCCGAAAGUGUAACAGAUCUCAAUUCCGAACUUAAUGGCCUACCUCAUCCAAGACGAGCGUCCGUCGGACACGCGAGAAAUGAUGACAGUCCUUUCAAUACCACACCGUUAAAGCCGUUUGGAAUCGUGACACAAGUACUGCAGCGAAAAGCGAGACCAACUUUUCUGAAUCUCAAUCCAAACAUCUCACUGACACGUGUGCAACAAUCCACCUCUUCCAAGUCCUCACCAAAUAUGACCGGUAAGUUGGGUCUGCGUAUGACGACGCUCCAUGAAGAAAUAUCACACACGGGUAAUCAUCCGUCUUCUCCGAUUCAAGAUGAUGAUGAAGAAAAGAGUGAUGCUGAUUAUUCUGAGUAUGAAGCGUACAAGGCCCCGACAAAGUUCGUGAAGCCACUAACAACAUCACGUACACUUGACUCUCUAGCAGAGCUCCAGUCAACGAAGAUAAACACACCAAGUAUGAGUAGCAGCGGUUAUGGAUCUCAAGCGGUAUCAACAACAAACUUGACAUCCGAUGACUCUAUGUCGAUAAAGUCUAUCAGCGUUGACGAGACACCAGACUUGGAGUACCGUAAUAUAAUGGAGUACAAGAAGCCCGAAAAAAUGGACAGCUCACUAGUAGAAGAGACUCCAGAGGAGUACCUGGGGGAAAUCAAUACCGACAUUGAGAAUUUAUCAGUAUCACAACGAAUAACCGAGGACGUUGACCAGAGCGACGUUCAACCUGAGAUAAACAAGCGGUUCUCAUCAAGUUCUAGCCUAUUUAGCAAGAAUGACAGCAACUCGAUAGCUGAUAAAAGAAACGAGAUGGAAAUUAGCCAAGCAUCCAGCGACGACAGUCCUCUUGAGGACAACUCAAUAGUUAACACCAAACUUCCUCCAGGUAAAGUUGUCAGGAGACGCAAACAAUCCUCCGGCUCAGCAAACAACUCGAGAACUCAAACUUUAACUUCUAAUUCUAAUUCAAAUAUUAAUAUUAAUAAUAACAAUAAUCAUAAUAAUAGUAAUGCCAAUAAUAAUAAUAAUAAUACUAAUCAACAUCGAGCUUCGUUUCCUAUGGUCCGUCCACACUUCUCGGAAAGCAAAGUUGCCGCGCAAUUGGAGCAUAUACUUCACCAGCCAGAUAUGGGCUACGAGAACGGCGACAAUAGUUCAUCAGCGGAGCGUAUUGACGAUGAUAUGAGCGAUAAAAAUUCUGGAUUCGGUUCACGGCACGAUUUAACGAGAAUAGAACCUCCAUUGCCCGACUGGGUGGUAGUUGGCGAGUCCGUUAUGGUCCGACCCUACAGCUACUGCGGUGUUAUUGCGUAUAUUGGACCCACGGAAUUCGCAUCCGGGACUUGGAUUGGUGUUGAGCUUGAUGCUCCCACUGGUAAAAAUGACGGUGCUGUUAAUGGACAACGUUAUUUCACAUGUAGACCUAAGUGUGGAAUAUUUGUAAAAGUUGACAAACUUAUUCAAGACAGAAGAGGCAGAGCAUUGAGAAGUUUUACCAAACAAGAGUCAGCACCACCUCCAUCAUCUACAAUGCGCAGAAGUGUUAGUCGAGGUGAAGGUUUACACUCAUUGCAUCGAAGCCGAAGUCGCGGUGAAGGCCUCUCAACAACCGGCACCAGAUAUCCGUCGCGUGGAAAAUGAAGCUACUGGUAUAAAUAGUCCAUCAUAAAAACCUCAAAUCCACUCCAAUUAAAUUAAAUCCAAUACGAUUAAAAUAAAUAAAUAAUAUCUUAAAAUUAGUUGCUACAUGCCUACAAUAUAUGUAGCGGCGGUGUUUUCAGUCUCUAGUAUAAUAAAAUAGCCAGCUAAUUUAUUAUUACAGUCAUUGAAUUUUACAGUGCAGCAACAUUACUUGGAGCAUUGAAUACAUUUAUUAAUUAGUCGAUUUAUUUAUCUCAUUCGAAGCAAUUAUAUCCAAGUA